AUGCAGACUGCAAGAAUCCAAGCAGAUGUACUCCAACAGCCCCCUUCAGACAUGGUUGGAGGAAAAAUCUUCUUACCAUACGUAGAUCUGGACAUCGACUGAAAAAACCUCAAGUUUGAUUUUUUCUUCUUCCUCGCUUUAUCCCUUGCCUGGCUUGGAAUUUUAAUAUGGUGGUGUUCUCUAAAUUGGAGAUGGUACACCCACCAGCUUACACUAAUGCAGAGAGUCCUUAUUGUUAUACCUGUACUUAAGUUAAUAGACGUAUUUUCAUACUACCUUUUUAUCGGCGAAUGCCCAUGGAUAACAGAAGAAACAGAAUAUCAAUCAAAAUACUUAAUAAUGGCACUUGUUACCAUAUCAUCCAUCUAUCAAAGUGUUGCAAUGGGCCUAUUUAUGAUGAUAAGCUGUGGAUGGACUCUUUUAUAUAACGAAGUUUCUAGAGAAAUAGCAACCAGCGUGACAGUCUCAAUGGGAGUAACUUACCUCUGAUACAGCGCUUAUUACGUUUCGAUUCCUGACUCAGCCUUCAGAAUGUUCAUGGAAUAUUUCAUGAUCUUCCUGUAUGUGUAUAUCUUCUAUUUCUGAUUUAAAUUCACUCUUGAAACAUUAAAAGUGUUUAAUAUUUUCAUUCGCUACAUGGAAGCUCAUAAUACCAGAAUAAUUAUCGAAGCAACCACUUUGAAGAAAAGAAUGAUCUCCAGGUAUUUUUUUAUCUGCUGACUAUAUUUCGCGGUUUGUAUUGUAUUUCAAGGAAUCAUCCCAUCAAUUUCAGAAUAUUUUGUCAAAACUAUGUACUUUACAACUACAGUUGAUGUAAUCCAACAAGCAUUGGACUUAGUAAUUCUUGGCGCACUUCUGUAUAAUUUCAGAGCAAGAGACUGGCCAAACUAUUACUUGAUAGUAUCAUACGAACUUGGGAACCUAGCCCAGGUUGCUCAAGGUGCUGAACAAGAGGUAAAUAUUAGUGAAGCCCAGGCAUUAUUCGGGAAAUCACAAUCUGAUGACGAAAUCCAGACAGAAGAUCUUAGUGAAAAGAACGUUAUUUUUAUAAAUCCAUCUUAUGAAGAGGAGUAUGCAGAAAUUGGGCUCCAGAAAAUGGCUCAGGAAGGCAGGUUCUUCCAGUACUUCCGGAUUGGCACCCAGGAUGUUCCUAAAGAUGUAUCCGAUAGUGCUGAUUAA